UUGUUUAUAUGUCUAAUCUCGAUCUUGAUCUCAACUUCAUCGUCGGAGGGGAUAAGUCUAAUAGUAAUAAUGUAAUAGUAGGAGGAGUAGGAGGAUAUAGAAGUGGUGGUUAUAUUGGUAAAGGGAAUAAUAGCUCAAGUAGAGUUAUUAAAGAGGGACGACAACGACUACUACGACAACACUAUGAUGUUGUAAGGAAUGAUAAUAGGAGACAACAUAAGAAGAAGAAGAAUGAUGAAGAAGAUAAUGCCAAGGUCACUACUACUAGUACUAGGCAAAUGCCUACAAAUGAGCAGCAGCAUCAUCAUGAUGAUGAUGACUCUACUCCUGAUGAUGAUGAUGAUGAUCAUCAUAAUAUAUCACUAUCACGAGCAUUAUCAACGACCACUACCACUACUACCACUAGAGCAUUGAAGAGUUAUUCAUCUAUCCCACAUAAAAUAGUGAUACACUGUGGUGCUGGUAAUCAUAAAGAAAGUAAAUCUAGUGGUAUAUUCUGUGCUACACAAUUCAAUCAAAUACAUACAUUGGAUAAAUCAAUAUUAUCACAAUUACAACAUCUUAAAUAUGAUGUAUGUACAAAUGUACAAUCACAGACAAUACCCAUAGCAUUAGAAGGUAAGGAUUGUCUUAUACGAUCGAGUACAGGUUCGGGUAAGACAUUAGCAUUUGGUGUACCUAUAGUUGAUAGACUAAAGAAACUAAUACCAGAACCAGUUAGAAAGGAUGGUGUUCUAUGUGUUAUAUUAUCACCAACUAAAGAGUUGGCGCUACAAACUGUUAAUGUAAUGGAAAAGUUAACUCAGAUGAUGCCAAAUAUCGUAUGUGGAUCACUUACUGGUGGGGAGAAUCCUAAAAGUGAGAAGUCUAGGAUAAGAAAGGGUAUUAAUAUAUUAUGUGCUACUCCAGGAAGAUUAAAUUACCAUUUGAGUAAUACAUCAUCAUUAAAGGUUGAUAAAUGUAUGGUAUUAGUAAUGGAUGAGGCCGAUAGAUUAUUAGAUAUGGGAUUUGAAGUACAAGUAAAGGAUAUCUAUAAUAGAUUACAUAAUAAUGUAACCAACAAUAAUAAUAAUAAUAAUACCAACAACAACAUACAGUGUAUGUUGGUAUCGGCUACAUUGAAUAAUAAAGUAGAAGAAUUAGCUAAAUGGGCACUAGAUGAUGAGGCAAGGUGGAUUGAUUGUGAUAAUACACCUCCAAAGAAACUGAAACAAUCAGCAAUUAUAUAUGAUGAAGAGAAGGAUAAGUUACCAUUACUAAUAGGGCUUCUACUCAAGGUAUGCAAUAGUCGAGAUCAACAACAGCAUCAUCAUCAACGUGAUGAUGGUUAUGGUUAUGAUGAGAGUCAUCGUAUAAUGGUAUUCACCUCUAAUUGUGCUACAGUUGAUUAUCUACAUAAUCUAUUAACUACUUUACCCUGGCCUAUGGGUAGUAAUAAUAAUAAAGGAAGAAUAAGAGGAGGAGGAGGAGGUAUAGGGAAUGAUAGGGAGGAUGGUAUAUGCAAUAACAACUACUACCCUAAAAGUAGAAGGCAAUUGAAACGUGAGAUGAAUAAUAAUAGAGUAGCAGUAGUUGGUAGUGGAGGAAGUGGAAGUGGUAUUAGUGAUGAUGCUAUGAAGAUGAUGGCUAGAGGAGGAUCAAGAAUGGGUAUAUAUAAACUACAUGGUGAUCUUCCUGCUGAGGAUAGAAAUGGUGCUAUGGCUGAUUUUACAGCAACAUCAUCAUCAUCAUCAUCACAUCAUCAUCAUCAUGAUGAUGAUGAAGGCGAUGUGAAGUCCUAUAUGACGACUAAGUUACUUAUAUGUACUGAUGUGGCGGCUCGAGGAUUAGAUAUUAAGGAUGUUGAUAUGGUUAUACAAUAUGAUGCUCCUACUACAUCUAUAGAGGAAUAUAUACAUCGUAUUGGUAGAACUGCACGUAUUGGUAAAUCUGGAUCUUCUAUAUUAAUGUUACGUCAACAUGAAAAGGAUUAUAUACAUCGUGUGGAGUCCUCUAUGAUCGAUAACAAUGAUGAUACCACCACUACCACCACGACUAAUGCCGCUAACAAUGCGAUCCAGAAGGACAAAAAGCAAUCAUCAUCAUCCGUUAUCACUGUUAUUGAUAAUACAACAUCGAUAGUACAAGAGAUAUCAAAGGCCGCUCCUAUGAAGUCACCAUUAUCUAUAAAGGCCGAGGAGAAAGAGGAGGAGGAGAAGGAUGAGUCUACUAAGAAGAAUAAAAAUAAGAGUAUUACUCCUUAUCAACGUAAACAAGCACGUAAAGCCGUCGUUAGGGAUAUUAAAGGAUACAUAUCAUCAAUGAUUGGUCGUCAUAUUGAGCAAGAUGAGUUAUUAUAUAACUCGGCAAGGAAGGCAUAUUUUAGUUCACUACGUGCAUAUCGUACAUACCCCCAUCAACUUAGAGAUAUAUUCGAUUUCCAACAAAUCGACUUUAGACUAUUUGCAUCGGGUUUUGGCCUCAAACAUGUUCCCAAGACUUCCUAUGAUGUAUCACAAUAUGAGAGUGGUCAUGGUCAGCAGCUAAAGAGGAAAUAUGUAGGACCAACGAAGAACAAUAACAACAACAAUGAAGAUUCAUCAUCAUAUUAUAAUAAUAAAGAAGUGAAGAAAGUACGUAUCAAGAAUGCUCAACAGUUAGCUCUAGAUGAGUUUGCUGCAUAAUAUGUCCAAUACUACUACUACUACCAAUCCAUU